CACCGUCAGAAACUAAACCCCUGACACUUCCACCGCCUUUCACAGAUUCAUCGCCACGGUUACCAGACCAAUCAGUACGACCUCCGACCCGUCUCCGUACUUUAGUGCCUAGCUGUGAUUGUUUGUCUGUCUGUCAGUCAGUCAUUUAUUAAUUAAUUCAGUCAAUCAGUCAGUCAAUAUGUCCAUGUUCCAGUCCAGGACCCUCUCGCUGGCACUCCUGAUCACCAUGUGUGUGUACCUCUCCUCUGUCUCUGCCAACUAUCGUCGGCCCAGUAAGGUGACCACAAACUGCUGCACAAGUGUGUCUGACACUGCUAUAAAAUUUGACCUGCAAGGAUACCGCAUCCAAAACUCCAUGCCACCCUGUGUUAACGCCGUCAUCUUCUAUACAGUGAAAGGUGAGAAGAUCUGCUCUGAUCCCAAAUCACCCUGGGUCGACAAGAGAAAGAAAGGUUUAAAAGUGAUGAAAAAGUGAAGAAGCCAUGCUUGACCAUGUCUGGAGCCUUCUGUACUGUACAUCUGCCUCCCCCUACAAGCCCCCCCCCUACAAGCCUCCCCCUACAAGCCUCCCCUACAAGCCUCCCCUACAAGCCU